GGCCUCCGUCGGCGCGGCGCCCGACCAGGCCAAUGGGCUCGCGCUCUGCCGCGGGGACGUCAAACGCCUCCGCCUGCGCCGUCUGCGUCGCGGCGUCGUUUGGAGACGCGGAGCGGGCCUGCCCGAUGGACACGGCCGCCGUCUACCGCGACGCCUGCGUCCUCCGCUUCACUAGCUUCCGGUUCCUCGACUUCCUCAGAGAGGACCAGUGGCUUGCCUCGGAACUGAAUGCUGUGAUCUACGCGGACCCGGGGAGCGUCACCAACGCUCCGGCUGCGUGGUUCAGCGCCGCCUUGACGGGGAUCUUCAGCGCCCUCGUCAACCGCGCGGUCGCGGCGGCGCCGAGCAACUCGACGAGGAAGUACUUUGCAACGGCGGAGAUGGACUUCGACCCCAAGCUCUACGGGCUCGCGCAGUGCGCGCCGGACCUGACGCCGGCGCAGUGCCGGGACUGCCUUGGGAACCUCGUCGCGGUGGUGACGACGCAGUUCCUGAAAAGGCGGGCCCCCGGGACCAGCGCUUUCGUGGUGUGGUGCUCCCUGAGGUACAGCGGCGUAUCGCCGGUCUUCGAGGGCUGGGCGAUGCUGCAGCUCACUGCGCCACCGGAGCCACCACCAGAGGCCACACUCGCGCCUCCUGCUUCAGAGUCCGGAGCAGGGACGAAAAGGAGUAGAGCCGGAAUCUCUGCUGGCAUCUCUUGUUCCGUUGUGUUGAUGUUGAUCCUUUCAGUUUUUUUCUUCAUUCGCUUCAGGCGAAGGAUUAAGGCGGGCACAGAGUGA